AGUCCCGGGAAGCCGGAGGAGGCGCCGGCUGCUGGGAGCUGAGCGCCGGAGCCCUUGGCGGGCGGGAGCGCGGGCCCGGGCCACAGAGGUUAAGAGGCAACUGCCAUUGAAAUAUAGUGAGUGACUCUGUCCAAGACAGCAAGCAUCAGGGAAGCAGCCAGAAGUAUUGACGGAAAGCUUAAGUUACCUAAAUGUCAGAUAAUGAUCUCCACCUGCCAAAGAAGUUUGUGGUUGCCAAGAGAAAGGUAACCAUUUCUCAUCCCCUUGAGUGGAAUUGGAUGCCUCUAGUAGCCCACAUUGGCUGGCUGUAGACAUGGCCGAAUUUGCAAGCUACAAGGAGACUGCCUCUAGCCGCCACUUGCGGUUUAAGUUACAGAGUCUAAGCCGCCGCCUUGAUGAGUUGGAGGAAGCCACAAAAAACCUCCAGAAAGCAGAGGAUGAGCUCCUGGAACUCCAAGACAAGGUGAUUCAGGCAGAAGGCAGCAACUCCAGCAUGUUGGCUGAGAUUGAAGUGCUGCGCCAGCGGGUUUUGAGAAUUGAAGGUAAAGAUGAGGAAAUUAAGAGAGCAGAGGAUCUGUGUCAGCUGAUGAAGCAGAAACUUGAAGAGGAGGAAAACUUAACUCGGGAGCUGAAAUCUGAGAUUGAACAGCUUCAGAAACGAAUGGCUGAAUUAGAGAAGCUAGAGGAAGCCUUUAGCAGGAGUAAGAAUGACUGCACUCAGCUUUGUCUGAGCCUGAAUGAGGAAAGAAAUCUGACCAAGAAAAUCUCCUCUGAGCUUGAAAUGCUCAAAGUCAAAGUGAAAGAACUGGAAUCUUCCGAGGACCGCCUGGAUAAAACUGAGCAGAGUUUAGUGUCGGAGUUAGAAAAACUGAAAUCAUUAACUCUGAGCUUUGUAAGUGAGAGAAAAUACUUGAAUGAAAAGGAGAAGGAAAAUGAGAAAUUGAUAAAAGAACUUACUCAAAAACUAGAGCAGAACAAAAAAACGAACCGAGAUUAUACAAGGAAUGCUUCAAAUCUGGAAAGAAAUGACCUACGGAUUGAGGAUGGCAUCUCUUCUACACUACCGUCCAAAGAAUCAAGAAGGAAGGGUACUCUGGACUACCUAAAGCAGGUGGAGAAUGAAACAAGAAAUAAAUCAGAAAAUGAAAAGAACCGAAAUCAGGAAGACAACAAAGUCAAAGACCUUAACCAGGAGAUUGAGAAACUUAAGACUCAAAUUAGACAUUUUGAAUCUUUGGAAGAAGAACUUAAAAAAAUAAGGGCCAAAAAUAAUGACCUUCAAGAUAAUUACCUAAGUGAACAAAAUAAAAACAAAUUCUUAGCCAGCCAGCUGGAGGAAAUAAAGCUACAAAUCAAGAAACAGAAAGAAUUAGAAAAUGGAGAGGUAGAAGGGCAAGAUGCUUUAUUGUCCAGCAAAGGUAGACAUGAGAGGACUAAGUUCAGAGGCCACGGGAUUGAGGCAUCUUUGUCCAAGCACACAUCCCGGGAACUCUCUCCUCAGCAUAAGCGGGAAAGGCUCCGAAACAAGGAAUUUACUGUCAAUAAUGAAAAUUAUUCUAUAAGCAACAGGCACGUUUCUUCUCCCAGUUUCACCAACAGGAGGGCAGGAAAAGCUUCUAAUAUGGGGGCAGGUACAGAUAGUGGGACUCAGGAAACAAAAAGAACUGAAGACCGAUUUGCAUCUGGGUCUUCUCAGAGUGAAGGGAAGAAGUCCAGGGAUCAGCCAUCGGUACUCAGUCGCUACCCCCCAGCUGCUCAGGAGCACAGUAAAGUUUGGAAGGGGACUCCCAAGACAGGCACUGAGAGUGGAUUGAAGGGAAAAGCAGAGAAGACAACACGAACAUUUAGUGACACAACCCAUGGGUCUGUUCCCAGUGACACAUUGGGUAGAGCUGACAAGGCUUCUGAUACCUCCUCUGAGGCUGUCUUUGGCAAGAGAGGACAGGUGCCUGGCAAUGGAAGUCAAAUAACUCAGGCUGCAGACUCUGGCUGUUCUAAGGUCACUGGUGCUCUGGCUUCAUCUCGAAGAUCCUCCUCAGAAGGGCUGUCUAAAGGCAGAAAGGCUGCCAAUGGCCUGGAAGCUGAUACCAGUUCCCCAAAUUCCAAAGCUCCUAUUUUAUCAAAGUAUCCCUAUAGUUCUAGAAGCCAAGAGAACAUCCUUCAGGGCUUUUCAACCCCCAAUAAAGAAGGAGUUGACCAACCCGUAGCAGUUGUGAUAGAAGACAGCAGUCAGCACGAAGCUUUGAGGUGUCGAGUCAUCAAAUCUAGUGGCAAAGAGAAGCCAGACUCAGAUGAUGACCUGGAUGUGGUAUCUCUUGUUACUGCCAAGUUGGUAAACACAACCAUCACUCCAGAGCCAGAGCCCAAACUACAGCCUAACUCUAGGGAAAAGGCCAAAUCCCGAGGGGGUCCUAAGAUCUCCCCAUUUGAGAAUGAUAAAGAUACGGGAAUAGAAAAUGAAUCUGUGAAAUCUAUCAGAGCCUGUACCAAUGCCAUGGAAUUCCCAGAUCCCAGCAGUGCUGGGGUAAAAAGCCAGAGGCCAUUUAGUCCCAGAGAGGGCUUGCGGUCUAGAGCUGUCAUCAAACCUGUUAUCAUUGAUAAGGAUGUGAAAAAAAUCAUGGGAGGAUCUGGAACUGAGGCUAUGUUGGAGAAACAGAAAUCCACCUCCAAAUCAGGGAUGAACAAAGUGACAAGCAGCAUUACUAUCUACCCCUCUGACAGCAGUAGCCCUAGAGCCAACCCAGGUGAGAUCUCAAGGGAGAGGCACACGUCCACCAGCAAUAUCCAGGUUGGGCCACCAGAGCUCACAUCAGUUAGCAACCAUGUCAACUCCCCCUUUGAGGUCUCCAUUCAUAAACAUGAUAUCACCCUGCAGCUCACAGAAGCUGAGAGAAUGGGAGAUGGGCCCCUGAAGAACAGGCCAGAAACAGUGGUCUCUCGGAGCAGCAUUAUAAUCAAAGCAUCGGACUCUGUGGAAAGGAACAGCCAUGCACUCCCAACGGAGACAAUCAGGUGGAAAAGCCAUACUGCUCCAGAAGCAGGCUCCUCAGAGGCCAGACAUGUUACUGUGCGGAAUGCCUGGAAGAGUAGGCGAGACUUGAAAUCUUUAGAAGACCCCCUGACACGAAUAGGUAAAAACAUGGAAUCCACCAAUCCCUGUAUCCAAAGGUCUUCCACAGACUUCUCAGAACUUGAACAACCCAGGUCCUACCUUUUGGAGAAGGGGACUCGAAGGGUAGGAAGUUCAGGGGAUGCCCCUGAGCUGUCCUCCAGAAGGACCCAAAGUAGCCUCACUGUGUCAGAGGUGCUUACCCGUCGGACCCGGGCGGGAGACACUGUCAUGGCUGCAGCCUGGAACCACUCGGCAGGCACAGAGGAAGGUGAAGACUGCAUACUCAGUGUCUACAAACGACUGCCCAAUUCCUUGGAACAGUCUGAACUGCCCAUGAAGCAGGGCCUGCCAGAGUCUGGACGAGUACGGGCUGAGGACCGUUUACGGCCAACCAAGCCCUGUGCUGAGGAAAACUGAGCCAGCUGGAUGAGGUCUGCUGCCUCUCCUCUGCUUCUGCUUGUCAGCUCUUCCACCUUCCUGCCCUAUGAAGGAUCGAAGGCCAGUUGACCAAGCUAAACAUAAGGCCUUGACUGGGAGGUCAUGAUAGAGAGCUGGGAUAUGGCUCAGGUAGUUUUUGCCAGUUGGCCAGAGGGAAUCAUACUACAAGCUGUUCAGAGUCACCCAGGCCCAGCCUUCCCUGAUGCAUGAGUCUUCUCUCUCUCCUGGUCCUUGUUCCCCAGGUAGUAUUGUUCACCCUGGCCCCCAAAUAGAGAAAGAUACAGAAAUCUCUCACCACACAAUAGCAGUCAAAUGGCUCUUCUCUGCUCCUUGGUGGGUUAUUUCUGUAUCAUAGACCAGCCCCUUGUCCAUGUUCUGACUUCUUAAGUCUCCUCACCACAUCCAGUUCAUUCUUUGUUUGCCCUAAUAGCUCAAGUAGCUACAUAAGACUUACUAGCCAUCAGCUCCAUCUAGGGGGCUUUCCUCAGACUUCUAAAGCAGAAUAGGUCUGUCCUGCCUCAAGGGGACUAUGGGAGUACCCUUUAAGUUGACUUUUGUCUGACCUGGGCCCCUGGCUGAACCCUGGUUCCUGGGAGCAGAGCUUGCGGAAUACCCAUUGGAAUGACAACGUCCCUCCCAACACCAGCUCUCUCUGCUCACCUUCAAAGGCACCCAGACGUGAAUAAGCCUCAUGCAUUGCAUCUCCUUCCCUGGGUACCAUAAUGCUGCUGGCAUUGCCUGUUCUCCCUCCUAUGGCUGGAGACUUCAGGCUGACUUCAUAGUUUCCACCUUGGGAAGAUCCCUAGACUAAGCUGGGCCUGACCUACCAUACUCUACCUUCAAGGAAGUGCCCAGCAAGAGGGAAAGCAGAUUGGAAGAAGUAACUUCCUUUUAGUCACUCCACAAGCAAUAGCUCCAUGAAAGGCAUGGACUACAUGAAUACUUCCUCCUCUUCCAUCCCCCAUGGAGGAGUCAUUGCACUUUACCAAGCUGAUGCAUUCCUACAAAAGUGGGCCCAUGAUUUCUGCAAGUUGACUAUCAUUUAUGAUGACUUCAUUGGAGGAAAGAUGAUACAUGCCCGUCGAAGGGCCUCAGGUUUAUACAGUUCACAAUGCAGCAAACCUUUCAGGAAGCCACAUAAAUUAAAAUUCAUUAGUUCCUAUACCAGUCACUUGGGGAAGUUAAAAAGAAUUGGACGGUUUGGCACUGCUUUUUCUAUGGUAUUCUUUAAAUUCAAAGAAGGGAUCCCUUUUCAAAGGCUACCUUUAUAAAGCAGGUGUAAUUACCUUCAUAGCAUGAGCAUUGCAUUUAAGGGUCUAGAAGACUGGAUUUUUUCCAUGGCUUCAUUACUUUAUUGCUGUGUGGCCUUGGGUGAGUCAUUGUCCUCCUGGAGCCUCAGUUUCCUUAUCUGUAAAAUGAGUUUUUUGAAAUGGGUGGUCUCUAAGGUCCCCAUACCUGGUAUUCUAAGAUUCUUUUGUUUUUACUGUCCUGUAUUGGAUGAUUCCUGCUUUUGAAGGAUCAUCCGUGUGGGUUUGGGGAAUGUGUCUUCUCUCCUGCCUACUACUGUUUUCUUCGACCUUAUAUUUUCUGUGUUUUAAUCUCAUGGGGAUAAGCUCAAAGAACCUCAGUUUUCCACUCUGUAAUGUACAGAGAUUAGGUUAGAUGGUCUCUGAGGCCCUUUGUGACAUCAACCAUACCCAAUGCCAUACAGAAUCUCUUGGCUUUCAGGCCAAGGUGCUUUCUAUAAUACAAGUCUGCCUAUCUCCUAUUUUUAUGUAUCUGCUAUGAAUUUCCUGGCAAGAGGAAGGCUUAAGAUUUCCUAAAGAGGAAUUUGAGUCAUUCUCUCCACCUCCACUCAGCAUGAGAACCAGUGUUCAUCCUACCCUGGUUGGGGUCAAUCCUGAUGGGGAAGCACUAUUUUGCUUUCAGGGACAAGAAUGUAUUGCUCAUACUUGUAUUUUCUGGAGUUUUGCCAAUCUAAGGCCUUGUCAUGUGGCUUGCCUUUCCUUUCCAUAUUUCCACCCUAGAUCCCCAAUUUAAGAUACUAUUCUCCAAAUCUCUUCUUGCUGCUUCUCUUGGGUCACUGUUCAGAAACUAGCUCACUCAAGGCUGCAACCCCUCACUUGCAACCUCCCUGCUAUUCUCCUUCACUGAUUGGCAACCCUGAGAGCUCAAAGGAAAUUGACCUCUGUGGUGGCCAUCUGAAGGCACAGGAAAUUAAGUCUGUGGCUGUUCUGUUGGUAGAAACAGAAGGGUGCCAAGCCAUCCCUAAAAAGAUCUCACCAAUAAUUCUUGUUUUUGGUAUUGAUCCCUGGAUUCUGGUGCUGUAGCUCCUGGUGCCAAAGUCUGGAUCUUUCCACAUUUCAGCAGCAACACCAACAUCUGCUCCUGAAAAUGUCUGUGGAAGAAGGACAGCUGUGGUGCCCUUUUGCAGGGGCUGUCUUCUUGAAAUCUGAGUGCAAUAGGGUUUGAUUGUGACAGUUAUUUCAGGAUAAAUAUUUUCGUUUUUCAGUCUGCACACUUUAUAGAACAGGUGUAAAAUAGAUUUUAUUUUUAAAUGUCCUCAGCAUUGCAGAAAAUAACAUCGUAAUAGCAAGUCAAGGCUGGAGGCUUAGUUCCUCUGGGCUUCAAAUGGCUGGCAAAGCUGGCUGUCAAAUUCCAAAGUUGGAAGGCAUGUUUCUGAAAAGCAAUCAGCAUCUGACUGUUUGGACCCAGGCCUCCUGAUCAGAGGUCCUGGAAGAAGCCUCCAAAUCCAGGGGAGACCUGGUAGUUGAAUAGUUGUCUGAUCAAGCCAAAUAUUCUCACUGUUCUAGCCAACAAACCCACUUUUAUGACAAGCCUCUUCUACAGGUUGGCUCUAACUCUUAAAUUUUACCAGCAGGUGUGUGGUUGUUGGAGGGCUCUAGUGAGACUGGGGAAUCUGGCACUAGAGCUGCUUGGUUGGAACAAGUAGAGUUGGACUGGUUGUCUCUUCUACUCCUGCCACUGAUACUAAAACCAUCAGCGAAAGCUAGUGGAGGACAGAGUAAGCCAUGGCUAUUUGCUUUUGAGUGGCAAAGAAAAAAAGAGUGUGGGUUAAAGGGAUUUGCCCUGGGGCCAAGGACUUCAACCUCAGCUGCGGGCAAGCUUGCACAUAAAUCAUCCCCCUCUUAUGGGGUGCUAGGGAUGGGGAGGGGGGCGUGUAGUGUUCUUGGACUUCUUGUCCUGGGGCAGUUUUAGUUAUUCAUAGUUAGUGGGUCAGUGUCAAGUGCCACCACUUCCCAGUAAAGGAAUAGGGACCCGGAGGCAGAGUCCCUGGCUGCCUUUGUUGGUAUGGGGUUUUGUUUUUAUUGUUACUCUGGUAAGACUGCUUUGGAAGAGCUGCUUUUAGGGUUUAUGUUUUGAAUACCCCAAGUGGGGAACAGGGUUUUCCUCAAAAGCCUCACAACCAAUAUCAUAGGAAAGUGGCCCUAUUUUCCUGCUGCUUCACAGCUCAGAACAUAUACUGAAUGGAAUGUAUUUUUAAGAGAAUAAAGUCUAUUUUUUGUAUUUUAAAGAUUGCGAGGGCUAGGAAGGUUGCCCUCAAAUAACCUGUUAAUUGCAUUAUAGGCCCCUAUGCUGGGGGCAUCAGUCUGUUGGUCGGUCACCCUGCUCCUUGGCGCCUAGGUGCAGCAGCUUCUACAUUCCUGCUCCAAGCAUGGGACCAAGGAGGCCAGAACCUGUCACUGGAAACCAGGGCAUAGCCAUGAGCAGUAGCUCAGGGCUCCUUGGGUGCAUGUGUAUAGUUGAAGCUGCCUGUCUGCAUGUAUCCUCUGGCUCUAAUGCUCUCUGUUGGCUCUGCAGCACAUUAUGUAACCAAUAAAGCUCCCUAGUUUCCAUAU